CAUCACGUUAUGUGUCCUUGUUUAGCAGUUGAGUCUAGAAAGUAUACAGCUUUUGUCAAAAUUUACUUUUCGUAGUAGGUUUAGAAUAAUUUAUUACGCAGUUUAGGAUAAUUAACGACGCAGGUUAGGAUAAUUAGGUUAAGGCUAGGAAAAGAGCAGCCCGGUUUAACCAGAAUAUUUGGUCUCGGAAUAAAACAGUAGCACCGAUGACCGACUGCGAGGGACUACAAGACGUUUCAUGUAGUUUUUACUGUUGAAGAAUAUGGAGGUAGUGGACAGUCCUCUUAACCUCGCCCAUCAGCAGUCCAGGAAGGCAGACCGUUUGUUGGCAGCUGGUAAAUAUGAAGAAGCUAUUUCCUGCCAUGGGAAAGCUGCAGAGCUGCUGAGGGAAGCCAUGACGUUAACAGAGUGUGAACAGGCUGGUUUGUCCAUGGCGCUCCAGAGGGACAGCCACGUGAAGCAGCAGCGGCUUAUUGAGGAGAAGUGGAAGAGGACCAGACAGGAGGGCAAGCCCAUGGUCCUUCAGAGCCACCCCUCCACCGACCAGCCCCCCGGCCUGGUGACCAACGAGCACCCCCGCCACCCAGAGAGGGAGUACGACACCUGGCUGUACCUCCUGAAGAACAAGGGUUCCCCCCCUCCCCCGACACCCUGCCCCGGCAGCAAGGCCCACAAGGACGAUAAGACACGUCUGGAGGAGCAGCAGACCACUAUCGCCAGCCUGCGGCGCCACAUAGAUCAUCUGCUGGGAGAGAAUGAGAAACUGACCCUGGACAACCAGCGCCUGCGAGGGGAGAACAGCCGGCUGAAGAGGGACGCAGCGGACACGGACUUACUGGAGAAAUCCGAGCUGUGGGUUCUGCCCCAGUCAGAGGACAGGAAGAACAUCUCCAUACCUAACCUGCCCCCUCUGGAGAUGCCCACUCAGGACAUCUGUCUGGACGACCUGCCUGCCCUGGAGCUCCCCGAGGACAUCCAGCACGAACUGCAGGCGCUGCUGGACAGAGCCAGCCAGCCCAGUACUAACUAACUAAAGGAAGCCUGUCUACAGAGAGACGCCAGCCAGCCCAGUACUAACUAACUAAAGGAAGCCUCUCUACAGAGAGACUGUCCAGACUAGACUGGAAGCUGGCUAAUCUCAAUAAAAGUGUUUGAUUGGUUGGUGGCCUCAGGCACUAGAUAGCAACCACACAUGGUCACAGUGACAAGUUGUUCAAGGUCAUAGUUCUGUCUGUCUCCUCAGUGUCUCUACUAGUGGGUACUACAUCUCGUUCACACACACACACAACAAACUCUUUGCAGAAAUUGUGCCUUUGAAAAUGUCUGAAAUGAAGUCAAAAGGGAGUGACUAUCUACAGUGAUCGCCCUGCUUUGAUAACAGGCCUCUAUAUCUGGAGGCCCUGACUGGUACGAUACCCACCAGGGACGACAUUCUGAUACCCACCAGGGAUGACCCUCUGAUACCCACCAGGGACGACAUUCUGAUACCCACCAGGGAUGACCCUCUG